GCCUUUAUUUCAGCUGCAAUAACAUCCUCAUUACUGACAGAAGUAGGUGUGUUUGGGACGCGGAGGCAUGAGAGCAGAGUGUGAAGGCUGUGUCGGGAGAAGGGCAGACAAAUACACUCAAAUAGAUGUGGUGAUCGACUCCACUAGGAAAGUAUUUGAGAAAUGUGCAGGCAGAGCCCAGACUGGGCGGUUUUGUCAUCUCUGUUCAUUCUCUCCACACAAAUGUCAAACAGGAUUGUAAUAAUCAUCCAGUGACAGAGGGGAUUUCACUUCUUCCCACACUGAGCUUUUAAUGGGACAGUCAGGGGUCAGUGUUUCCAAGGGACGGUGAAUUUUCUUUUACAAAUUAAUUUAGAUUACAUCGAGGAAAGCUUCUGUGUCACCCCUAAAUCUGAAGCCUCUUUUUGUAUUUGAGUACUUUAUUGAUAUAGAUUUUUGUUUUAAUUGAUGAUUUGCAAACCUAGCCAACUCAGACAGAACAUACAGGCGUGUGAAUCGUGAAUAGACCGUAUUUCAUACUGUUAAUCAAAUACAGCUUAGAGUCUCUAAACCCCCACACCCUAAAAUAGUUUUCUUAUUAAAUUGUGAUACCCGAGUUUUCUCCUACAUCAAUAAAGGUUAUUGGAUGGGGAUCUUAAUAUUUUCAGAAAGCAGAGUGGAUGUAAAAGGAUAAACCUUAUAAAAAGACAGGAAUGGAUUCAGUUACAUUGCUGAAAUACUUUAUUGCAAACUUCUUGGCCCGCCAUUCAAAAUAAACCCCACCACACCCCCUGAAUUAUUUCAUAGAUUUUCCCACUCCAGAUACAAACCAGUCAGUAACUUUUAUUAUCUAAUGAAUUCAAAUCAAGUAAGUACAACCAAUUCAGAAUUAGCAUUUCUUUAAAUCAUUAAAACUGCACCAAGGUGGGCAGUACAGUAUUAUUCAUACUCUGUGUUUAGGGUGUUUCUUGUAGUUGUGAUGCCAUCCAGUGGCCGCUGGGUAACAUAGCAGCCUCAGUCCUCUGCAUACAUACUACAUACACUUCUACUGAUCAAAUACUUUCUAUAUGGAGAAGUUAAGAAAACAUGAAGCUCAAAUAUGACAGAUCUUCUCUAAAAGGAAGCAAACACAACAGAAAAUGAUUUUUUUUCAACAAUAUUUUUAUUAUUUUUAUCCAGAUUAUACAAAGGAAACACAGCUCAAACACCCCCUUUCCCUCAAAACCCGUCCACUGCUGGAUGUUCCUAUGACUGUGCUUUAAUAACAAAUUCUGGAGCUAUAACAAAAAUAAUAAAAAAGAAAUAAAUAAAAAGAAAUACAAGUCCUGGAAUUCGGGUUUUGUAGAUCUUGAAAUACAUAAGAUGUUGAGGAAUAAAAGUUAAAUAAACUACUGUAUGUUAAGAGAAAUACAAAUGUAGACAAGUCGCUGAAAACUGAAAAAAUCCAUAAAAGAGAUAAUAAUUUAAAUUGAAUGGUUAUAAAACAUCACAGAAAUAUAUAUUAAAAAAGAAAACAACUAGAAGAGGAGGGUGCUGAUUCAAAAUGAUGAGAGUUUCUGAAUGUGGUCUAGACAGAAAAUGAUUUUUAAAAAAUCCCCAAAUGCAUUAAAAAAUUCCCCAUUUUAUUGAAAGAUCUGCGUAAACACACACUUUCCAAAAAUAUUCAUGGCAUCACUAAUAAACAUAUUACUGUGUGUAUGCUAUACAAACGGAGUCCUGAAAGAUUAUGCUUUUCAGCUCUAGCUCAAGUUACUUAGUCCAAAUUAAAGAUUCCUGGAAUUAAUCUUUGAUUUUUACAAACGAGCUUAAAAAUGUAAUUUAUUUUGCAGUAAUAUUUUAGCUCUUCAUCAUUUACGCCCAUAGAGAAUAUUCUUUAUCUCAUUUUGGACUCAAGUCUUAUUAAUGCCGGCUCUUUUUUUCAUAUUCUUCGGUUUUUAUUUCCCAGUGGACUCAAUUUUAAUCGUUUUUUAUGGAACCUGGAUUGGCAGCAUCUUGGAGAGCAGCAUGACGUAAGAUUUAACAAUAUUGUUAAAUCUUAAAAGGUGUAUUACAGUCAGACAAACAAAAUAAGAUUUUUUUUAACCUGGACUCUAUGUUUUCAUUGUGGAUCUUUCCAAAAUAAGUGCAAACAUCAAGCUAAUCAUCAGGCUACGUCAGUUUAACACAGGGAGACCUGGUCCUUUACAUGAAAUUAAAGCUGUAAUGUUCGCUUUUGAACAAAUUACCAAAAAAAAGUAAGCUUAUUUGAUGUUCAAAAACAGAAACCUCAAGAGCUGCAGGCUGCUCACAAAGCGCGGCUAGUUUUUCUUUGCGUAAGAUGAAAAUGUUUUCACCGUUUCUUUUGAGGGGGAUGAAAGACAGUCUCUGCAAUUUCAUGCUCUCUUACAUGCUGAGCUUUUUGUGGUUGUCAUAGUAACCUGAUAGACAUAAGAGAGAGAGAGCUGGAGGAGAAACGAUGGGGGAAUAAGGUGAUUAUACCUGAGAUUGGUGGUGCUUUAUUAUGUUUUCUUUUCGUCCGCCUGAACACUUGCUCAUGGAGUAGAUCAAGACGAUGCAAAAGAAGCAUCUGGAACCAUUGAUAACUUAAUCCUGUUCAUUCGGUUUCCUACUUUUCACAGCUUGUUUUUUUAGUUUUUGUCAGUUCAGGUUUUGUUGGUUAAGAUGUUAAAAUUGAAAUGAGAAUAAACAGACAAACUCAAUCACAUGCCAACAUGAUAAAUUUUAUUUUGUCACUUUUCGUAUUAUUUCGGGUUUUUAGUGAGAAACUGAAUAAAUAAAUCUGUUUCGAGUCACAUAAUAUCCAAUCAUCAUAUAUCCAAUCAUGUUUGACUUUUGUGUUGUUUUGUAUUUUACCGCAUUGUAGGAUAAAUAUUUAUAAUGUUUUGUACAUUUGCAACAUAUUUCCAAGAUGAGUUGUUGCACACAGCAACACAAAGAAGUUAAAUCCAGCUGCAUACAUCAUCUAAAUAUAGAAAGGCCCAUCUGAUUAAACCUGACGCAUUUUUAACGCUCUACAUUUAUCUUUAUUUAUAUAUUUUAAAUGCUGAAGUUCACUGGGGCUGCUUACGUCACACCACCCACUCUGUCUCACUUAUCAGCACAACCUGCCAGCUGUGAUGUCUGGAUUUUCGACGUGCAUGUAUAUACUUUAUUUAAUGAGCCCUAUUGUUACAGCGCCUCGAUAUGCAGUCAAAGAUUAUGAGUUUUUAUACAAAACAAAACCCGGCUGUCAGGAAUCCUGUCAAAAACUGCAGAAAUAGGAGAUCCUGGAAAAAAAAGGAAAGGUCACAAACACUGUGGAACAAUUGAUGUAAGGAGAGAAAGUUCAGGGAUGAGUGGAGGUGAUGAGAUUGGGUGCCACAGAAAGAGGUCAGCUCCACAGAGGAGAAGGAGGAAAGGAGAUUUAAUGAGAGAAAGAGAGAAAUGGAGGGAUGUUGAGAGUAAAUGUAGUGCAAGAGGAGGAGUGGGAGCUGUGGAGAAAAGUGAGUAAAAAAGGCAAAAUUAAAGUUCAAGGGCAGCCUGCAAGGUCAAUAAUAUCACACUCACGCUGAGUUUACCUAAAUAGUAGCACCGCUGCUCCUUUAUAAUGGACCUCGAGUAUGAAUAGCUAUAAUAGAUGUAACAUAAUGAGGCACAGUUCUUGAUACAGAUAUGGCAGCUGUCAACGUUUUUCUAACCUUCAGUAUUUGCAGUUACCUGCUAAUAAAAGCCAUAGAAAUGUGGAGUGGGCAACCUCAGAGAAACGACUAAAAAUGGCUAGAUUUUGAGAGCAUCCGACAGGUCAAGGAGGAACAUUUGAUUUAUUGAUUUCAACAGAAAGAUUAAAAAUCCAAAUAUUAAAGCUCCUGUGAGGAAUUUUCAACUGGUUGUGAAAUGGACUUAAAAACUAAUGGCAUUGCACCUAGAUGACUUUGAGAAGCAAUACAGACUACUAGCAACAUGACUGAACAGUUUCACAUCAUAUUUUCACUUUAUUUUAAUGCCUGUAAACUCUGUGAGGAGGUAGGUGUCAGACGAUAGCGAUAUACAGCGGUCUGUGGAACCAUAAACAAACCUCAACCAAAGCGUCACUCUACAGCCACAAAUAAUGUUCAGAACAGCACCUAACUUCAUCAACAGUACAUAUCCCUCCAUCUCUCUACAUUCCUCCCCAACCCAGCAGCAGCAUGGUGGCUGUCUAACAUGAGGCUGGUCCUGCCCAAGGUUUCUGCCUGUUAAAAGGAAGUUUUCCUUGCCACUGCUACUCAUGUUAGUUGAGAUGGGCCAAAACCCAUCUUAGGUUGGUUCUUGAUCAUCAAACAAUGAGCGUGGUCUAGACCUGCUCUUGUUCUUUGAAAAGCGUCUUGAGAUGACGACUGUUGUGAAUUGGCACUAUAUAAAUAAAAAUCUGAUUUGAUUUGAUAUAGGGUACUAGCCUAGGGUACUAGUACUAGCCACCAAACAUCCUUUUAGCUUUGCCUGAUUUCUUUCGCAAGCAGACUAAACUAAACUCACCUACUCUCUUCCAGCAGCAGCUUGUUUGCAGCAAGACCUUGACUAGUCCAUUACGGACUGCAGCGGGGUGCCGCAGCUCAAGGAAGAACAUUUAUAAUAAUUUCUUUAUCAUUAUCUUGAAGUAAUAAUCACCAUAUUAAUCAUUUUGCACUGCAGACGCAGUGAUCGUAAAUGUUCUUCCUUGAGCUGCAUCACCCCAUUAUAGUCCAUAAUGGACUGGCCCAAGGUCUUGCUACAAACAAGUGGCUGCUGGAAGAGAGUAGGUGAGUUGUGUUUAGUCUCUUUGCUAAAGAAAUUAAAGUUAAAAAGAUGUUUGGUGGCUAUUACUAUGGCUGGGACCCUAUAUGUCCUGUUGAUGAAGUUAGGUGCUGUUCUGAGCAUUAUUUGUGGCUAUAGAGUGGUGUUUUGGUUGAGGUUCUACAUACAUAAAAGACAGCUACCAUAUGUUAACCUUACUCUGAAUUAACUCACUUCUGUUGUUUACCCAAAAAGCGCUGUGCUUCUUUGCUCUCAGUGCCUCUUUCACCGCCUAUAUAUAACCUAAUAUAUGUAAGUAAGAGUGUGUGUGUGUUUGUUCAGCUCUGACUAAACUAUGCAGGAGUCAAAUGUGUGUGUGGGAGUGAAACAGGAGGAUAGGAGGUUGUGAGCAUGUGUGUGUACAUUUGUCAUCACUUCCAAGAAUACUCAACAACUGUUCAAAGUGACACAGCAGUGGGCGGGUGUCGAUGUAGCUGAUACAUACCUCCUUUUUUAUGCAUUUAGGACUGUUGUUUAAAUUCUGUAUAGAUGUAUCAUAAAGUGAGAGGUUUCUGAGUGAGCACUAGUCGAAGUUAGGAGUGCGUGAGUGCAGAUUCAGGAGAGAGGUCAAGAGUGUGAUCGAGAGCGAGGAGGGAGGAGAGAAAGAGAAAGAGAGAGAGAGUGUGAGUGUGUUUUUCUGAGAGUCUGACAGAGUCUGGUGGCAGUCAGGAGAGAAAGCACGACUUUUUCAGGAACCUGUUGCUGAUUUGGUUUUAUUUUAGUUUGACAAAACAGGGAAGAAGGCAAAGAGAUGUGGAGAGGAUAUUGAUAUCUUUUAACCCUGUUUGGCUUCCAGAUACACACUGUGUUGUGAUGGGGACUGUGAGUGAGCUGUGCGCCUCCAGUUUUCAGGCAUUUCUCUGUCCAUCUGUGGGGCUGGGGGCACCUGCUGCAGCCACAGGUAAGUGUUUUUAUAAAAUCGUGUCUGUGAAGUUUGUAAAAAAACAAAAUACGAAGUGAAGUAUGUAUGAGCUAAUGAGUAUUUGUUGUGUAACUUGACCAUAAAUUAGGGAUUGGUUAGAACUUCUCUGGUGUUUAAUCAUAAAAAUUACCUUCGGGAUAACUUGUCGUCGUUACAGCUGUGUUGUCAGUUGGGAUUUUGUGACUCUUGACAGAGAAAAAAAGACCAAAACACAGUAAAACAUGGUGAGCAUAAGCCUGACAAAAAAUGCUGGAGGUAUUCAGUUGCCUUGGUGAUUCUCUGUUAGGUUUUCAAGACACACAGCGCUCCGAGGUGUGUGUUAGUGUGUGCGUGCCAUGCCAUGUUUUUGACAUUUUUGUUUUAGGCGGACACGGACAAACUGUGUAUUAUGGCGAGCUUGUGUGGAGAACAUAACACACACCUAUCAUCCCUUAAUCCAGAGUCCCUCUCUCCACCGUUUUGUCUUUUGAUUGCUGCAUGUACCAACAUAAUCUCCAUCUCUGCUCUUCAUCUGUGCACAUGUUCUUAUUCAAAAGCCAAACUGACUCAGUGAAGGCAGCACACUGUCAUCCAGGUUAGUUCCACUUACUGUGGAUUCCCUCCUCUAUUUCCUUGUGAUUUCCUUCUGCUCUCCACUUGAUUAUUUCUGUGCCUUUGGCCUCUAGUGAUGUUUUCACUGAGGAACCUUUCAGCUGUGAGGCAGAUGAUUCUCCCAACAGGCCAUAGUGUUCUUUCCCAUGAAGGAGUUUACAGUUACACUUAUUCACAGUCAUCUAAGGCUGACAUACAGUCACCCUAAAGGCUCAGAAAAGGAGUCUCUUCUCAAGGAGAAACAUGAGAAAGUACAUGCCUUGUUCCUUUUAUUGGAGAAAAUGGGAUGAAGAGUCAACCACAUUACCAUCCAAGUGGAGAAACCUUUAUGAGACACCUACAAGGUUUUGAACUAGUGGAGAAAAUUUUACUGUAUUAAAAUAAACAGCAUUGCAUCCCUUCUUGACCUAGUGGAGAAAACUUUAUAGGACACCUACAAGGUUUUGAACUAGUGGCGAAAAUUUAAUUAUAUUGAAUUUCUGGUGUAAAACAGAACUGCAUCUCUCCUUGACUUAGUGGAGAAAAUAUGCUGACAUGUCCUUUGGCAGUGGGGAAAACUUGCCCUCUAUGUUUACUUUUAGCAGAGAAAUCAUGACUGAGUGCCCCCAAGGGCGCCCAUCCAGGGAACGAAAUUAUGAGAGGAUACGCUUUACAGUAAGUAGGGAUAUUUCAGUUUAGUGUAAUGGUUUUAGUUUCUAGGGUCUUAGUAGAGAAAACGCGAUCAAAUGUACACCAAAAACUUCAAUCAGAACAAAGCAGUACUUCCUCUCUCUUUGCUGAUUAUUUUGGAGUGUAAACUGAACCUCAAAGGACCACAUGUUUGUUAAUUAAGGCCUUAACUAGAAAGGUAAUCCAUUAAUUUUCGUAAAACCGAAGUUAACAGAAACGUUAGUGUCAACAAAGACGCCCCCCACAAUCCAAGCUCAGUGAAAUAUUAUUCCAAACAAUUUAUAUCCAUCUAGACCCUUUUGUCAUUCAGAUCUACUCAGACUGAAUGGUCUUGCUCAAGUUGUCUGUGAUCCAUCUUACCAUGUAAGACAAGCUUUAAGAUCCUCAGGUUAACAAACUCCAUGUAAAUGCUGCUAGUGUUGGGAAUUCAGAUCAUUUGGCUCAACAAGAACUGGCUCUUCGGACCCCCAAAGUGGCUCUUCAUGGCAGUGUUUGUGUUCAGUAUGCGGCUUUCAGAGCAGAGUGAUUCAGCGGAACUGGGUACCUGAAGAAAGGUCAGGUACCCCUAAAAAUUAUGACGUCAGAGAGGAAGUUAAGCGUUUGAAUAUUUCCAGUCAUAAAAAGACAACAAUAUAAAUUUUCUUCUGUUUCACAACCAGCUAAAAACUCCCCGCUGAAGUGAAUAACUUGUGAGUGAUUUUGAAAAUGCCCAUCCAGAAAAUGUGCUCGCAAACGUGAUACAGAAAUUGUGACAAGAAGCCACUAAGGUGCCUUUUCAGUGGAGAAGGUUUUUGUAAUUUCUUCCAGAGUGCCAUAACUGUGGGUAAGAAGUGUAAAGUGUCCUCUAGAGUGCUCCUUAGCCUGGAAAAUCUUGGGAGUGCUAUUCGGGUGCCUCUCCACAGAGAAGAGAACAAGGUUAGACCUUCCCGGCUGCCGUCUCAUCAGAGAAAACACGACGCCAAGCUUUCAUCCAGAAUAAAACCAUGAUGUGCCAUACCAUAUCCCACACUAUGUACUCUACCAGGGCGCUCCUCAAGUAGAGAAAACUUGGAAAAGUAUCACCCAGAGUUACCUUUGAGCUUAAAAACAUGUCUUUUAGGAUGCCCUUCAAUCUAAGAAAACAUCACCUCUCUCUCUCUCUUUACAUAACUGGUUUCUACCCAAUAAAAUCCCAAUCAAAACUGUUCACAGCUCUAUAUUCAUGACAUAAGAAAAUGUCAUCUGUGUUUGGGUGAACUGACCCUUUAAACAGCUACAUUGCAGCAGUUGUUCCCCCGCCCCUCCUCAGCAUAUCCUGUUUUUGGUGUGUCCAAACUCUGAAUAAAGCACUGAUUCAAGCUCACAGCUGCAAUCCUCUGCCCUCUUUUCCUCUAUCCUUCCCUACAUCCUCUCCUCUCCCUUCCUCUUUGCCUCACACAAAAGCCAUCCAUCUUCAGAUCAGUCCUGCUCCCUCAGUCCUCAUAACCAUUUACAUGAGAUAUGUCUCUCCUCUCCAGCACAUCACUUCAAAAGUAACUAUUUUCUUCAUUUCUGGCUGAGUCAUGAAUCUUUUUCAUGCUGGGAGGAGGAGGAGAAGUUUGUCCUUCUGCCAAAACUUUCAUCACUUUGCACCAACACAAAUAGGGUAUGCGCUCUGGGUGGAGAUGUGAGGCUUAAAAAAAGAACAUUUUCGCACAUCCCAAGGCCAAAGUCAUUAAAAGUGAUUCAGAAGCAUGCAGUUACACCCAUUUAGAGACAGACACUAAAUCUUUUGUUCUAAUCAUUUCUCCCCGGGGAAUCAGAGGCAUUGAAAGUUAUAUAAUAAUCUUCUAUGCCAAAACAACAGGACGGGCUGGCUCACAUUAUACUUUAUCACUUACAAAGCUGAAUCAAAAGAGGAAUGCAAAGUCAGAAUUAUAAUGCUGUAAUAUUAAGACAAAGAUGAGGAAUCAGACCUAUUAAGACAUGUGAUGCUUUUUUUCCCCCUUUUCCAUGAUUAUUUUGGGUUAUCAACUACAGUCAGUACAGGGGAAAAUGAUAAGCUACUACUUAAGUAGCUUAUAAUUUGAUUGGCCCUCAAGGUCAAAUAGACCAGUGGUUCUCAUAAUGCCUGCCUUUUAAAAAAUAAUCUAUUUUUCAAAAUAAAAGACAUGUCAAAUAUCAGAUGCGCAGGAAACCAGCUGUUCGCGACCCAUCCAGAACAGGUUUGCGACCCACUUUUGGGUUGGGACCUAAAAGUUGAGAACCACUUAAAUAGACAACUACUUAAGAACAUCUGAAAAAUUCACAUUAUAUGAAAUUUAACUUAAAACUUUAACAAAACAAAAAAACACUUUGAAAAUGCAAAAAUAAAUACAUAAAUAAAUGAAAAAAAUAAAUAAAAAUUUAAAAAUUACAUUUGACAAAAUUAAAACAUUACAUUUGACUUUGAAAAUGCAAAAAAAUAAAAAUAAAAAUAGAAUAAAAAAUCAUUUCCGAUAUCACCAAAAACAUUUUACAAAAUGCUAAGAUUAUGUAAUCAAACUUUUCAGGACAUAAAACAUAUUAAUAAUGCAGAAGAUUUUAUAAAACUAAUUUAGGCCUAUGUUUCAUGAAAAACAAAACAAAAUAUAUAUAUAUAUAAAAAGCAACAAAUAUACAAAAAAAAUAUUUCAAAAUGUCCAGACAUAUUCCACAAUAAUAAUAAUGAUAAUUCAAAACGUAAAAUAUUUCAUAAAAGUUAAAAAUAUUUCAACAAUAAAAGAACAAUUCAUUUUCCUUUCAUGAAUCAUUCUUUUGUUUGAUAAAAUAAUUUCAUAAAAUUUUGGGUGGCUCUGUGAAAUACAUGUUUGUUUUUUCUUUUUAAAUGUUUGUUCUAUUGACCCAAAGGGCCACCGUACUCGAGGUUUUUGUUAACGUACCUCAGUCAACAAAUAGAUAGAUAGAUAGACAGAUAGAUAGAUAGAUAGAUAGAUAGAUAGAUAGAUAGAUAGAUAGAUAGAUAGAUAGAUAGAUAGAUAGAACGUUGUCUGCUCUUAUUCGCUCUCUGAUUGGCUGCUGUUGUUAAAGCCACGCCCACGUCCUCCUGCUCCAACACCGGCUGCUGUCUCUCUCCGCAGACAGUUGUCAUCAACAUCAACUACGGAGUGAGAAUUUUCGCCACUUUUCGUCUUUUGGAGGAACUUUAAAGUGAAAAAAGUCUCGUAAACCGACGUUUACCGGCAGCGCAGACAUGGUUUUGAAGUCAGAAGACGGAGUUGGUGAGUUGUCUUGAGUUUCAGCCGCUUUGUGUGUUCACAGUGAACAGAGCUGAACUAGAGGCUAACCAGGUUAGCUGGUCAACUGACGUAACUUUAGCUAACGUUGUCUAGGACUGAUCUGUCUGCUUCAUAACUCGGUGUCGAGUUUGUUUGGCCUCUAUUGAACCUGCAGAGAAAGCAACAAGUCCUUAUCUGACUGUUGUUAAUGCUCUCUGGGAGGCUGUAUGAACUGGCACAAAAGAUCCAUUAUUAUUAAUCUGGAUUGAGGCCAGACCUCAUGGGGGGUUUGUGCUUACUGGGCAGCACUUUAUAGUGCAUGUGUCUAUAAAUACAGUCAAUACGCCCUUUAUUGGAGUGAAAUUUAGGGAUUGCCCUCAAAUUACUGGUUAACUUUGGCUGCAUGCUUGUGACUCAAACACUGGACAAAGUCUGGAGAACAUGGUUUGGAAAAACUACAAAAAGCCUCCACAGAAAGGGAGAGAUUGCUGUUAAACUUCAUAACAAUCAACCUUAGAGCGUAAAUCAUUUUCUUGAUAGCUGUGCUAUUUCCUCUGACAGAUUGAGCCAACCCUACAGGAUGUGCUUUAUUAUUUCAGGAAGGAAAAACCUGUAAAAGCAUUGUUACAAAGUGUUCAAAAUAAGAUGACCCCCUCUGUCAGGAGGGGGAACAGUAAUAACGCAGACACAUAUUGUUUUGACGAAGUGGGUCAAGUUUAUCUUCACAACUGUUUACACAGACAAAAGGCAGAAAGUGCUUUUCAUAAAGAGAACAUCCUGAAAAAUUAGUAAAUUAAAACAUGAAGGCAACAUAAGAGGAGUCGUGAUAAAAUCUAGACAUACAUGCAUUAACGGUUGAACGGUAUUUUGGAUAGAACAAAUAAUCAAUAAUAGUAUGUUAAAGGUACUGUAAGGUGUUUUAACCGCGUCUUUACUCACGUUAAACAUUUCUGAUCUGGUCUCAUCUGGAGACAUGCAGCUGCCUCAGUAAGAGAAGUAGCUCGAUCACGUUAUGUGUACUGUUGUUUAUUCUACCGUUACUGGCACGGCUAACGGUGUAGCAAGGCUAAUAGCAGAUGGCUAACUCUAACUUUAGCUUGCACAUUACAUGAUGCUUCACCAUUAACUCGGCGUGACCGAGACCAGCACAGCGGGGAACAUGAUGAAGUGGGUUGAAUUGAAACUUGUUGACUUAUUGUGUUUUUCACAAACUGGUUUAUUUAAUGUUGAGGCGGACCACUCUCCUCCAUGCGUCCCUGAGCUGCCUGCUUCAGAUCCGUCACUCUGCUGUGCUGUGAGGUAGUUAGUGGAUGAAGAUUGUCAUGAGGUCGCUGCGCCAUCUACAGGAUAAGUCGGGGGACUUUUCAAAUGGCGGAACAUUUUCGAAGUGACACCGAAACCUAUUCUCCGCAUUUUAUUUCUGAAAAUAUCAUCGAAAAUCAGCGAGUUUUGGCCGAUUACCGAUUACUCUCAGACGGGCUAAAAUUGGCUGAUUUAAUUGGCUCGCCAAUAAAUCGGUUGGGCCCUAGUUUUAACUGGUUGAGAAACAGACUAAAAUCCUUCAUGUGACCGUCAAAAUCAAACACAACCUUCAGCAGCAAGUAUAUUUGUUUUCACUGCGGUCGUUUUAAAUGAUUGAUAAAGAGAGUGAAAUGGCAUAAUGGCCCUGUUUCAGUGUGUUUAUAAUUCUGUUAUAAUCACUCAUGAGCAACUGCUAUGGUGGCCCUCAAGGCCAACUAAACAAACAUGACAGGACUUCUCAAAACACAUUUAGAAAACCAGAAAACAAACAAACAAAAAAAAAAACAUUCAAUCAAAUUAAAAAAUAAUACUAAAACACACAAAAAAAUCACAAAAUAAAUCACAAAAAAUGCAAAAAUAUUUUAUAAAACUCAAAAAAGGGCCAUAACAUAUUUAUAUAUAUAUAUAUACAUAUUUAUGAAAGGUGAAAGUGUCUCACAAAUUUAUAUUUGUCUUUUUUUUUUUGAACAAUUUUUGUCAGAAAACACUUCUUUCACAUGUAGGAAGCUAUAGGUUGCAGGUAUUAUUUUGUCCACAAGGGGCACCAACAUUAACACAAACUAAAAUUUCCUAUCUGUAGCUUUUAAAAUAUGAAGGUUAUUUAAUCUGUGUACUUCAAAAAUUUGUCCUGAAAAACUCUGUCACCACGAGUUCAGAGGUGUGAUAGUAAGUAUAGCAUAGAUGUAUGAUAGGUGGUGUCAAGUAGAACCACCAAUAGUAUCGUUUUUGAAGCCUUUUCACACUUGACAGAGUAACUGUAAUCAUAUUUCCAAACUUAGUUGCAAACAGGAUGAUCUGUUCCUCUUCUUCAAUUUGCCCGAAAGAACAGCUCAUGUUCUCUCAAACUUCCCCACUCUGUCUCUUUUUCAUUUGAAGGCAUUUUUACUGUCCAAAGGCACAGCUUGUUCUUGUGUGAAUACGAUCAGUCACCAGGGAUUUUACCAGAACCGCCUGAUUAUAUCACUCAGUUGAGCUUGUUCUCCUCGGGCCAAGGGAUAUUUAAACAGACAAUUAUCGCCUUGUGAGCGAUGGAAUGGCUGCCCGAUUAGUCAGCGCCCAACACUGAAUCUCUCCAUCUGGAAAACAAAGAUUAUUUAUUUGACAUAACCAAACAACUUUGCUCCAGGUCCUGGGUCAGCUGCCGCACUGGUGGUUAGACAGUAUCCCACAUUAGACAGAAGUUUCCUUUAAGAGAGCUGUGUCCUCAAGUCUUUCUCUGUUAUACUGCGAUAUUGGCAGUGUGGGUACUGGAUUGGCCCCGACUUGUAGUUUGUGGUUUUUGUCAGCAUGUGCUUCUUGGUUGAUAUGAGGACAGCAGUUUGUUUUCAUUUAUCCAACAAAUUCACUUCUAAUCUAUUUGGCUGAGGUGGCAACUCUGAAUGUUUUCCCAUCGGUGGCAGAUGCACCAACCCAAUCACAGUUUCCUGUUUUUCUACUCCUCUGGUUGAGUGAAGUGGUUUUACUCUGGUCUUUUGUAUGUUUUUUAUCCUUCUCUUUUUGCUUAUUUUUGUUUCCUCUCUGAUAAUUUGUAAAGCACUACAGGUUCAUGGUGAUAACAAAGUAGUGAUAGGAGUUCUCAUUAAAGUCCACAUUAGCAUUAACAGUUACAGUACCGAGAUCCAUGGCAGCAGCAACCCAAAGGACCUGUUCUGGUGCUUUAUAGAGUCAAAGCGUCCCGCCCCCCACACACAAACCUCUCCCCUCUGUGCUCCACAAUAACUCCCCCCCUGAACCUGUAUCACCCUCCCCAUGACACACCCCCUCUGGCAGAUCAAGAAGCCGGCUGGCAGAAGAUCCUACGCUAGCUUCAAAUAGGAUUCACCAUGUCGGAUUGCUAGUGAUUAGCGGCAGUAAACGCCAGCUCUGCUAGCGCGUGCCGUCUGCAGCUGCCUGGACAGCUACCGUGUUGACAUUGCAGAGAGUAAUAAGUUAUUUAUGUAACAUUUGCCACGAUAAAAGGCAAAAAUUACUUGUUCAACAAAAACUCAGCUGAGCUUUCUCCUCCGCUCGAAGGAUGACCCGAUGUUUAUUCGGGUUAGAUUCCUCGCCUGGUCACAUUUCUUCUUCGACUCUGCCCCCUCUUCUGUCGGCUUGCAUUUUCUUUUAGCGGUGAGGAGAGCAGAAGUGUUUUUUUGCGUCCUUCUCCAUCACAGCUUCUGUAGCUAAGCUGCUAUGCUACUUUUUGCCGAUCAGAGCUCCGAGGAGGGCCCGGAGAGUGGGAGGGGACAAGUCGGAACUACAGGAGAGGGGUGUGUCAAAUACAGCAAGGUGAUUGGAUGGAGAGGCGGAGCAGGAGAUCGAUCAAUAGGAGCUGUCCGGGAUGCGAUUUAUUUAUUUUUUUUGUUGGAUGGUUGGGGAAAGUCCCGCCUCCUUUGCCUCUGAUUGGCUAGAAAAGCUGGAAACGUCAUCAAGCCAAACACGGGCUGUCGGCUCUGUACAUCAAACAGAACAUUACAGAUGAUUAUCGCACUUCUGAAUCUCCGAACCCUAACCCUAAUCCUAAUCCUAACCCUAACCCUAACCCUUACCCUUACCCUAACCUGACAGACAAUGAUGUUUCACAGUCAUAAGGAAUAACCAAUCAGAGCACAGCACUUAUAGCCAAUCAGAGGCGAAGGAGGGCGGGACCUUCCCUUACCAUUCUACAAAAAAAAAUUCGCGUACAGGACGGAUGGCUCCCAUUGCUCAAUGUUUUUGCUGCCCUGCACCUGCUAGGGUGAACAGAUUUUUUCCAUUCUUUUUUCUCUUUACUUGGUGGAGAUCGCACCAUAGGACCAUGAUCGCCAUAGAAACGAGGUUCAUAAUAAUUACCAAUCUCUCCAAUCGUCAACCAUGCCUUUAACUUAUAGAGUUAGACAGCCAGUGCUCAAAAUGUCAUCCCCAAGUUUCUUCUUCUCUUCCGUCUGGUUGUGUCUGCCGUCCAGCAGAAGUAAGCCAACCCAAUGUCUGCUGUCUACUUUGCUUCCCCUCUCGGACACUGGUGGCCACGUGGGGGAGCCUGUGCUUGUGAUGUAGUCUUAUAGAGAGGGAGGAGUCAAGAUGGACUAGGGGGCUGAGGGGGAGAGAGAUGAGAGAGAGUUCAAGGGUUUUCCCCUCACACACACACACACACACACACACACACACACGCUCUCUAGUCCUCAUUUAGCUGCUCCCCUCCUGUCUCCCCUCUGUUGGAAUGAGCGCCUAAGGAUUACCAAGCAGGGAAGCUGGACCAGGGGACCACAGGAUUGGGAUUGAAGGGCUUGGGCAGGAUUGGAUUAUUUUUGAGUACUUGGAGACUCCAGACCGGACCGCAGUAAAGAGGCUUCUCUGAACUGGAAUUGCUGAAUGAAGCCAGAGUUGUAAAGAUUGCUGGGUCAAGCAGCUUAAAAACACUUAAGAGCUGGGAGAUUUUAGCUGCUGAGGGACCAUUGAGACCAGAGGUGAGAGCACUCGUCACACAAAAGCUUUUUCUAGUGCGAGUAGAGAGCUAUGACACAAGUGUGUAGGUGUUCUGUGCGUCAUCAGAACUUCUGCAUUUGAGUCGUUUUUCAGAAACUUAUCUGAAUGACAGUGUGUUGUCACGUCUUCUCGAGAAAGCAGGAAACACCGGCACCACGUACGUGUGGUUUUGGUGUCUUUCUGUGUCAUUCUGUCUGUGCAGGAUGUAUUGUGUUGCAUAACUUCGAACCGGAGAGUGGAAGUGUCAGGAGAGAGAAUGAACUUUGGGCAUGAGCGCGUUGGCCGUCUAUAGCAGUUGGUCAUCCGCAGCAAUGCUACAGCAAGGUGUCCCGUUACGCGCCAACACAAACACAGAGUCUGUGACUAUGCAGAGCAGCUGGUUCAGGGGCUCACAGAGGCAUGCUGUUAUUUACGUCAGAAUGUGUGUGUUCUGGUGAUGUUUGGAGAGAUGGACUGCAUCUUCUCCUCUUCUUAUUUCCUCUUGAUAAAAGACAAAGAGAGAGGAAGUGAGCCUGAAUGCCAGUUUCACUGCUGCUCUGUUCACAAUGGGAGUUUAUUCUCGUCCUCAGGUUUCUAAAAAGAGCCGCUGCUCUGCCCUACUUUAACCUGUCUCUAUAGGCAGAGGGGUGUGUUUGUGUGUGAUGGGUGAAUGGGACCCUGUGUGUGUGUCUACUGUAAGUACAUGAAUACAUCAGAGGCUGUUGCACCUGUCACACUAGUGUUGGGCAGUAUGACGGUAUAUAGCGUGUAACGGUAUAAAAGUGACUACGGUUAGAAAUUUUGCUAUACCGGAGAGAGAGAGAGCAGAUGUCCGCUGUGUCUCUCUGAGUCAGGGUGUAGUUGUCUGCGCUUGCUAACAGGAAAGGUCCUUACACACCAGGAACGACGCAAAAUUCCGAAAUAUUUGGAGGCAAAUUUUGACGUGCCUGACUAUACACAUCAAGCCCGAUGCGAUUUUGCAACGCUCCGGCGGGGAAAAAAGAUGCGUCCCGUGUGGAAGCGAGAAGACUGACACAACAGCAGACUGACUGAGACGUCAUUUUUCUGGAGCACCCAAACAGUUCUACUAAAGUCCUGACAGUAUUAGCAUUAGUAUUGGCAUAAUAUUGGUAUUUACUGAUAAAAGCUUAAAAAGUGAACCAUCGAUAUUAGAACUCCUGCUCCUCUGCUGUCUGCAUGUCGGUGCUCGUAGGGGUUAAGCUGACAGAGAUAGAAAGUGAACGACACUGCGUACUGAUGCACACAUACAAUCGUCUAUAAAAAGAAGGAAUGUGGCUAACCCGACUAUAAAUCAAAUCUGUGAAUAUUAGAGGGUUAGUCUAUGAGGUCUUUGUAGCUAUUAUUGAUCAUUUGAAGUCAUCUCACUCGCAUUUUCUCUGGUGUAGUCUUUCCUUCGUUUCAACCCAAUACCGUACUAUUUCUCUAAUAUACAUGAAAUCAAAUAAGUAUGUAAACAAAAAACCUAAAUUAUUUUCUGAUAAACUUCUACCUUGGUUAGUAAGUGGGAAAGUUAUGUAAAAAUUCUACUGAUGUACAGCCAACAAGAGAGUGAUAUGACUCUUUUAAUGCUGUCAUUUUAACUCAACAAUUCAACAUAAAAUCAUUGAGUAAAUUACUGACUAAAUUCACUCACAACCCUGGAUUGUAGUUGAAGAUGCAGGCUUGGAUUGGUUUAUACAGUCAGAAACACUCAGUAUUUAACUUCUUAAACAGAGAGCUGAUCAAAAGUUGAAGCUGCUUUGAACAUCAACACAAACUCUGGCUGUGUUUAGUCUUCUCCAGCCACGUUUCCAUCACAGGAACUUCCCUAAAAGACUUUGAUUCUGUAGAAAAACUCAGUGUGACUUCACUACUGAGAACUGAGUCUCAAUCAAGCUCCAGUUACCUUGUUUUACCGUCUGAAAAAAUCCCUGCUUGAAAAGGUACUGCACCCAAACGUAGAGAAACUUUUGGAGGCGGGACUUGACGUAUCACUUUUGUGUUUUGUACAUUAAUAAUUUGAUAGAGUUGCAAAUAAAAUCAUUGUUGUACAGUCUGUGAGAAAAUACACCUUUUUUUAACAAACAUGUGGAAAAUCAUGACAUAAAAAUUGUCCAGAUCAGCACAGAAACUUUCCUCCUGUGCUCUUUCGCUCACCUUAAAUAAACUCUCUUCUUUUCCUCUUUUCUUGCGCAAGUUUUCUCGAGAAAGCCACAAGUCUGUGAUGAACACGUCGAUAUUAAACCACUCGUCUUAUCACUCCUCUGCAGAGCUUAUGUGUCUGUAAGCCUCUGUUCUAUCAGAGCACAAACUCGCUGAAGAGUUGGUAAUAAAUGGAAGGUGGGCUCGGCUUACAGUAAGUUAAAACGUUAACACUCCUUUGUUUUUUACUUUGAAAGAAGUUUUGAUUCAUGAAUUACUUUAGUACCUGCUGAAAAGAAGCUCUGUGUAUUUUCAACACGUCUUCUGUUAUCUUUAUUCAUUUUAAGCCUAAGAUAUAUAUGUAUAUGUUAGUCUGUCUUAGUGCUGGGCGAUAUGGAAAAAAAUGUAUAUCACGAUAUGGAUCAUUUUAUAUCACGAUAACGAUAUAUAUCACGAUAUAGCUAUGGUAUGCUUUCAGUUCUAUGAAAAAUUAAAGUGUAUACAGCUGCCCUAGUACAGUGCCAGUACAAGACCAACACUUAAAACUAGAAAAAUGAAUAAAUAAAUAUGUGGCUGAAGUGCGUUCAUGUCUGUGCUCACCCAAAGUUAUGCAACACUCACAGAAAACGCCGAUAGUGUGAGCCGAAGCACUCCAUAAUAAUAAUAAUAAUAAAUUUAAUUUGUAAUGCACUUAACAUUUACAAAAAAUAAAGUAUACAAAAAUAAAAAAAUAAAGUGCUACAGUACACAGUAAAAAAAGAGCAGCAACAAUAAAAAAGCAAUAGAAUGACAGUCACAGAUUGGCAUAAAAAAAGCAUAAAAGAAUAAAAUAAAUAAAGAAUAUAGAGUUGCAAUGUAAGAGGCAAGGUAGUAAAAGCAUAAAGGAUAGCUAACCUAAGGCUUUAUUAAAAAGGUAGGUCUUUAGGGCUCUUUUGAAGAGGUUGUUCACACUGCUAGAUGUUUCUCCUCCAAAGCUGCUCUCUGCCUCCAUCAUUGUUUACUUUACUCUUGAAGCACGUAGGAAGACCCGAGCAUGAAUCCGAGCGCUUUAUUCGCCUAUCAGGGGCAGACAGGUAAGGUGAUUUGAUUCGCCAUGACUCCAGAAAUGAUUGAAAAACUACAGAAUGUCACAAAAUUACGUUUCCUCGCUGCUGGCUUGAAGGGUAGAAAUGCGCAGCUGUGCUCCCAGCUGACAGGAAGUCAAACCACUGUUGUAGUUCUUUUGUGUUGCUAGCGCGGUCAAGAGUUUUGGCUCUCACUGAGAGAUGACUACAAAAAUGGACGCACCUGUUCAUCUGGUUGUUUAACACGGCUGAAAAUGAUCAUCUUUUAAUGUUGUUCCCGCUCCUGCCCACUCCCGUUGCUUUUUUUCCCGUCCCGUCGGAAAGGGGUUAUUUAAAAAUGACUCCCAUCCCGUGGGAUUCCCGCGGGAAUCACGUGGCCCACGGGAAUUCCCGAAAAAUGUCAUCCUCUACAGGGAAGGUCCCGGAGCAGAUGAAACAGGUGCCGGAGCGGCUGAAAUAGGUCCCGGAUCCGAUCAAAAGAGGUCCAGGAGCGCGCUCCGACUUGCUCCGGCACAAUUUAAGCACUGCUUACAAUGAUCCCCUCACGUGUGUAACCCAGGUAACCCGCAACGGCGGGAGACGCUGGACACGAAGAGGGCACGUAAAGCGGCGUCAUGUCGCAAAAUCGAAAGAGAAAUGCAAGCUUACAUGUCAACGCAUCCUUUUCUUUGUUAGAAAAUAUUGUUUUCUUUUCCGUUUGACACCAAAUACACUUACUGAAUGUGCAAUUAUUGUUGUUGUUACUAUGAAUCAUCUGAUGGCACAAGCCCUAUGGAUAAAAUACAGCCUAUCGCCCGAAACGAUAAAAAUAAAAAUGGCACGAUAGACAUUUUCUAUCGUGCCCACGAUAUCUAUCGUCCUAUCGCCCAGCACUAGUCUGUCUUAUAUUAGUCUCAUUCCAUAAUAAUGUUUUGCUCUGUUGGCAUGGUAACCUUCAUCAAAAUUCAUUUAGUUUUUUUGAGCAAAUGUGACCUUGUAGCAGUUUUAUGAUGUAACGAAAAUUAAGAAAGUAUUUUUAGUUUUUAUUCCUCUCUCUCUUCCUGAGAUCAUGACUGAAAUAAUCACGUUUCAGCUUGUAAAUAUGCACGCGUGUGUGUCUGAAUGUGUGUGAAUGUGUGUAUGAGACAAGCGGGGUUUAAUUUCAUCCUCCACUUUGGGCUUUGGAUGCUGGGGGUACUCUGGAUGAUCAAAUUUUGUGUUGCCAUAGUGACCCAGAGCAGUGGGACUCUCAGGUCACCCCUCUUAUUUCUAUGUGUGUGUGUUGUUAUGCAGCAUAUCUAUUGUGUGUGUGUGUGUGUGUGUGUGUGUGUGUGUGUGUGUGUGUGUGUGUGUGUGUGUGUGUGUGUGUGUGUGUGUGUGUGUGUGUGUGGGAGAGCUUAUUUGAUCUUUGUAUCUGAGUGCAGUGUGUGUUUCUCUCUCUCUUCAGUGCCCGAUGACCUGAGUCCAGAGGAGAGACAGGAGCUGGAGAGCAUCCGCCGCAGAAAACAAGAGCUGCUGCACGACAUACAAGUAAAAAAACAAACAAAAAAAUCACACUCACGCACAUUUUUUAAGACUUUGUUUUGUUUGUUUGAAAUCAUGGAGCUGAAUGUCUAUGAUUUCAAUUUUUUAGCUGGAAGGUUUCAGACUUUUAUUUUGAAAGGGAAUGAAAUCAAGAAGAAGCAGCUUCAGCGUCUUGUCUUUGUUAACAUCAGUGUACCGAAGUUGUUUCAGGAAGCAGCAGAAAUGACUGAAUCUUGCGGUGCAUUGUACGCCGUCUGUCCUCCUCUUUGUCUGACCCUCUCAUUGUUCAGCCUGCUCUCUCUGCUCUCUGUGUCCUUGAGUGGAUCUCGUACCUCUACGUCUAGACUAUUGUGUCCAGGGGUGUGUGUGUGUGUAUAUGUGUGUGUUGGGAAGGCUAGGGGGGUAUGGGCAUAUGACCACUGGAGCGUUACUGUACACAGUCACGAUGGAUGGUAACCUCUUUGUGUGGGAUGCAGGAUGUAUAAGGGGGUUGGGCCUCAUUCUCGCCUGUGUGUUUCUGGUUCUUUGCCUGUGGGGACGGGUUCACCCCCUCAAACCUUUAGUAAACGAGCAGGACUCUCAGCGUCAGCACUUUAUCGGGGGUACAUUUGUUUUGUUAGAUGAGCAGAAAAGCUCCUUUAAUGAGAAACUCUGCAUGAAUAACUCUCCUGUGUUCACCUGUAUCUCAUAAUCCGUCAGGUUCUGUGACCCUCAGGGACAGAACAACUUCACUUCAGCUUGAGUGCGUCCUACAUGCACGAAAAUAAUACAGCAUGAUGAGUUUAUACCUGCUGGAUAUUGAAGUAGAAUUAUUGUUGGUUCUCUUUGGUAGCUUGAUACUUAUACACUUGGUAGAGUUUCAUUCUUAGGUUAUAUUUCUUUUAGGGCCCGACCGAUUUAUCCCCGAGCUGAUUAAAUCGGCCAAUUUUAGCCCGUUAGAGACUAAACGGUAAUCGGCCAAAACUCGCAGAUUUUUGCAGAUAUUUUCAGAAAUAAAAUGGGGAGAACAAGAAAAAAUUGGUUUUCCGCCAACUUGAAAAGUUCCCCGACUUACAGUAGCCUACAGUAUAUCUACAGUAUAUAGUAUACUGUAUAUAUAUAUAUAUAUAUAUAUUUUAUUUUUUAUAACUAUAAAAAAUUGCAAAAAUCGUCCGAUUAAUCGGUAAUUGGACGCCCCCCCCCACAAUAAUCGGUAUCAGCCCCAAAAAAAUCCAUAUCGGUCAGGCCCUAGUUAAAAUACCUUACAAUACCCUUAAUAUACUAUAAUUGAUUGUUCGUAGCCUACAGUAUAUCUACAGUAUAUAUAUAUAUUUUUUUUUUAUAACUUUAUAAAAAAUUGUAAAAAUCGGCCGAUUAAUCGGUCAUCAGAUUUUUCCCCCCCUAAUAAUCUGUAUCGGCAUCAGCCCCAAAAAAUCCAUAUUGGUCGGGCCCUAAUUUCUUGGUAGCAUCAAACUUAUUCGACUUCAUCAUGUUUUAAAAUUACCAACAAUCUGACAAGAGGCUCAUGAAACUGAAGAUGUAAUUAUUCAGAUCUGAUGAAAAUGUUAUGGAACAAGCUGGACGUCCAGAGUACACAAAGACAAAGAGAAAAGAAAAACUGUACCGACACAAGCGUGCCUUCAGGACAGCGGCGCCGUGUGAGCGGAUUGAUAGAGUUCAUUACCGAGGUCGACUCCCAGUCUGCGCUUCUCUCCUCUAAACCCCGUCAGGUCUCGCCCUUGGGGGUUGAUGGGUAAUGAGCCGUGAAAUAUUCCAGUAAUGGAGACAGACGACGCUGCUUUUUUUAUGUGGGAGGGUAACCAUGGAAACCUACAUGGAGGAAUCCAGACAAGUUCAGCUAUUUACCUUGUUUACCUGUUUAAACGCACACUUCCACUCGCCGACUGUGAGCUGUGAUGAUUAUAACUCCACUCGGAGACUCAGGGCCUCGUCUGCGUCUCCUCCUCUUCUAUAAUUAUCUCCCUUCAUUAUCUUUUCUGCUGACCUCGGUCUCUUUCUCUCCAUCUGUUUCUCUCCUCCACUCUUUCCACUCAUAACCUCGGAGCUCUGUGGAGCAGCUCUGCUAAGCCAGUCAAAGUCUUUGAUCCUACGUGCGCCCGUCGCCCCUCAACAGACCGGGGUAGGGAGUCACGGGGGGGGAGGCUGGGUAAAUCUGGGUCAGCACAGGGGAGAGAGAGAGUCGGAGGAAAGGGUGGUCAGCGCUGACCCCAGAACAGGUGCGGCGGCUCCCAGAGAGGAUUUUCUGCAGAGGGCGGCUGUUCCACAAAACUCCUGCAGAGAGAACAAAAGAGACGGACUGAGGGAGUGAAUCACAUCGGCACUUUUAGGGUUUCUGUCUGGGUCAUCUUGUCAGAGACGUAGACGACCAUGUGUAAAGCAAGACGCUGACUCUGAGACUGAAGCGUCUGCAGAGGUUUAUGUGAAGAGUGAGACAUCCCAGGAGAAGCACAUGUGUGCGUCUGCUGUCGUUUCAUUGUAGUUUCUGUGCUCCAACAAAAAAAAAAACAUCUGACUCAGUCUUCUCUCUUAUUCUCCUGUCUUUCUGCUUCAUCCCCCUCUCCUGGUUUUGUUCUCUGCUCUCAGCGGCUGAAGGAUGAGAUAGCAGAGGUGACCAUAGAGAUUGAAAGCCUGGGCCAGACUGAAGAGAGGUGAAGUAUCUUUCUGCCAGCUCCUCUGUGUCUGUGUGGGCAGCUGUGGUCCACUCAGCUCUUGUUCAAGUGGAAGACAAAAAAUGACGUGAAAAAAAAAACUCCUCAACACCCCGAACAAAGCCAGAUAUUAACAAUGGUUAACACUGAUGAUGAUGAAACUUCAGAGUCUGUUGUUUGAUUUAUGAAAUAUCUGAAAAAGAGAGAAAACAGUUUUUAGAGGCCUGACAUUUUCUAGAGAGACUCAGCUCAAACAAAAGCUCCAUCUGGUGUGUCCAUAUUAGAGUAAAACAUCUUUUAACUGGAUCUGAAACGAACAAGAAAUGUUGAACUAUGAUCCACAAAACACUGCAGGUCAGGAUUUGUCUCUCUGAAGUCAGGAUCGUAAGUUCAGACUCCAGUGAGACAGAAAUCCUCGAUUUAAAAGACAGUACAAGUGACUUAUUGGCAUAUUUGCUUGUGGAUGACUAGAACCAGUGACUGUGUGUCUGAGUGUUCUCGUGUUUCUUGUGUUUCAAAGGAAAAGUAUGCAGAGGAACAAACAGAUGGCCAUGGGCCGAAAGAAAUUCAACAUGGACCCAAAGAAGGUGAGAAGAAACCAGACUCUGUGGGACUCACAGACUGUGAUAAGACCAGAGCUGUUACAAACCAAGACUGUAUCUAAAAAAAGAAAAUAUUGAUAUUGUGCUGAAAAUAAGCAUGACUUCACAGUAGUGGUCUCCUAUGUUGUCAUAAAAAAGAGUGGGGACGAAGAAGAAGUAGCAGACUGCUAACCAGCUAGCUGUAGCAUCCCCCUGAUAAAACUGAACGAAUACUGUGAAUCUAAAAGCCGUGUUUAUGGUUGUCUCUCUCUCAGGGGAUUCGCUUCUUAAUCGACAGCUCCCUCCUGAAAAACACCAGCGAUGACAUCGCCCAGUUCCUCUACAAGGGGGAGGGGCUUAACAAGACAGCUAUCGGCGACUACCUGGGGGAGAGGUGAGUGGACCCUCGUGAUGAUCCUUCAAACUGAAUGACCUUAAUCAUCACGCUUUAACAAAACCUGCAUGAAGGUUUUGAAGAUUAAAUUUCCAGAUUUGUUUAUACAUGUACAGCUUCAAGAACAAAUCACUUCUCAUCGCUGUAACAUUAAUAUAAAAAGUACAGCCUCUGAGCUUGAGUUUGGGGCGUCUUAUAAGGUGUUUUAACCCUUAGAACUCCCAGCUAUAUUUUGCUAUUUUUGGUCUGCCUGUAUGUUGCAACUCGAUCCUUUCAAGCACAGCAAAUAAAUACACAUCUUUUUUUUUUCUCAGCUAUCAGUUUAUGGAGCAAAAAUUAAUGUAAAAUGAAUGUGACAUUAGAUUCAGAACCAUCAAAGUCAAACUGAAAUUGAUACCAACAGUACUUUGCUCAAAAAACACAUAAAUCUACAGUGACCAAGACUUCUCUCACCUGCACAUCAUUCUCUCAAGUCUUGGCUAUCAGGAGAAGAAAUAUUGGGAUUGGAACAAACACACAACAGAAACUAUUUACAUAUUUACACUAAUUCUUCCAGGCGUUUUUGACUACUUCCAGUUGUUUAUGCCACUCCUUGAAGCAGUUCCUGUCUGGGAUGAGACAGAGGACCACAUCAUACUGAUCAUAAUCUCUUCUUUGCUUGUUUCCAAACAUUGAGGACCAUUAUUUCUUAUUUUGCAGACAAGCAGGGAACUUUCUUGUCUCUUGUUGAUCUUUGGUUGCCUCUUAUUGGACUGUACCGUCAAAGGGAAGAAUAUGAGACCAUGUAAUCGGUCGAAAGUUUGACAGAAAAAGACGUAAUCAAAACAGCUUGUCAAACCCGGAAGACAUUAGCGGCAUUUAGCGAUAGGGAUCUAUUUUUAUCACAAGAAUAUGAUAAAUAAUCAUGUUUUCACUGCGGAUUUACCAUCAAACAUCUCUGAUCAAACACCUGUUUUUGUGGCUGGAUUGUGAACCUUGUUGCAAAUGUAGAAAUGUCUGGUAACCUUCGAUAGAUCGCCAAAAGGGUACGCUUUUGAACACUUUUUAUCCCAUAGAGAUGCGCGGUAUAGUUCCUGAGAAACUUUAAAGAAUAUUAAUAAUGUCACGUUGGCUCUUCAGCGAAGGUGAUCCAGUGAAGUUUUGAGUGUUAAUCUGAGUCAUGCUCAAAUGUUUCAGCUGCCUUCAGUCAGUGAUCCUGUUCCAUGUUUCCUCCCUCUUGUGUGCGUGUUCAUGUGGGUGUGUAGAGAUGACUUUAACAUCGAGGUUCUGCACGCCUUCCUGGACCUACACGAGUUCACAGACCUGAACCUGGUCCAGGCCCUGCGGCAGUUUCUGUGGAGCUUCAGGCUGCCGGGCGAGGCUCAGAAGAUCGACCGCAUGAUGGAGGCGUUCGCUCAGAGAUACUGCCGCUGCAACCCGGGAGUGUUUCAGAGCACAGGUACGGCAGUCAGACCCAGUGAGAGCAUGAAUAAAACAAAGCUGCAGUCGAAGUGGGAGUCAUGGAGCUCUUCCGUUACAGAUACCUGUUACGUGUUGUCCUUCGCCGUGAUCAUGUUGAACACCAGUCUCCACAACCCCAACGUGAAAGACAAACCCACGGUUCAGAGAUUCACCGCAAUGAACCGAGGGAUCAACGACGGAGGGGAUCUACCAGAGGAGCUACUCAGGGUGAGAAACAACUGUACGAAGGGGAAGAACAAGAGACAGACCGACUCAAACUGGAUACAGUGUUAGGACCUUUUACUAAAAAGUAGGGCCCAGCCGAUUUAUUGGCGAGCUGAUUAAAUCGGCCAAUUUUAGUCCAUUUGAGAGUAAUCAGUAAUCGGCCAAAACUCGCAGAUUUUCCCCAAUAUUUUCAGAAAUAAAAUGCGGAGAGUAAGAUUCGGUUUCACUUCGAAAAUGUUCCGCCAUUUAAAAAAGUUCCCCGACUUAUCCUGUAGAUGGCGCAGCGACUUCAUGACAAUCUUCAUGUCUCCAGAUGAGACCGGACCGAAAAUGUGUAACAUGAGUUAAGAUGCGGAGGCACCGAUCGGUCGGGGGGAGGUGUUUAAAACCCUUCUCUGGUCUGAGUUUGAUCAGUCGGUCGUGAAGAGCAGUAGCCUACAGUAUAUAUAUAAUUUUUUUACAACUUCAUAAAAAUUUUAAAAAUUGGCCGAUUAAUUGGUAAUCAGAUUUUUCCCCCCCUAAUAUCAGUAUCGGCCCCAAAAAAUCCAUAUCGGUCGGGCCCUAUUAAAAACCUGGGGAAAAAAAGAAUAAGUCUGAACUGUCCAAUUUCAAGUCCCGUAAGUCUUUGUUAACACCCACCUGUAUUAACACUUUUCUCCCCCCUCAUUGGUCUCAUCCUGACCGUCUCUGCAGAACCUGUACGACAGCAUCAAGAAUGAACCCUUUAAGAUCCCAGAGGAUGAUGGGAACGACCUCACACACACCUUCUUCAACCCCGACAGAGAGGGAUGGCUGCUCAAACUCGGUACGUUCGUCUUCAUGACUUAUUUCACUCAGUGUGGAUCUGCUCUUCACUGUCCCCCUCUAGAGGACAGACCCUGCAUCACCACCAUCAAAACAUAAGAAGCUCAAACUUAUCUGAAAUUAAAUUAAAUGAAUUUUUAUCACUCUCUUUUGUUGACUUGUAUCUUUUUUUUGUUUGUGUUUUAUGUUUUUGACUCCAGGAGGUAUGUACCUUUUAAAGUCUCCAGCUUUAACUCACUGCUUCGCUUCUUUCUCUCCCGCACUGCUGCUUUACUCUCGCUGGCUCUUUGCAGAAAUAUCAGUAUCUGCUUCUACCCUCUGCUGUUCGCUUCAAAGCCCAGAUGUGAAAAAAAAACAGAGAAGCUGUUUCACAUCUGUUUGUGUUUAACGUCCGCUUUGGUCUCUGUGAUCAGUCGCUCUGUUUAACCUGCUGAUAAAUCUGUGUGUCUGUGUGGCUUCAGUGUCGCUGCUGUCAUAUUAAGACCAGUUUUUAGUCUCUCUCUCUCAGACUGAAGUCUCACCUGUACCCUCUCCUCAGGUGGACGAGUAAAAACCUGGAAGAGACGCUGGUUCAUCCUCACAGAUAACUGCCUCUACUACUUUGAAUACACCACUGUGAGUACUCCUGUGUAUCUAGAAAUACCCCAUGAAGGGCGAAAGUACUUCAUUUCAUCUCUUACCUUGUACUUUGGUUUCUUCUUUCCUGUGUUCACAAGGAUAAAGAACCUCGAGGGAUCAUCCCGCUGGAGAAUCUGAGUAUCCGAGAAGUGGAUGACUCAAAGAAACCGGUAAACUCUUCCUCCUCUUCCUCCUCCUCCUCCGUCUGCCACAGUUUGUCAUAACUGAUCAUUUCUGCAGUUUUUCCCUGACAAACUUAGUUUUGUGUUAUAAAAAAAGACGGGAAAGGAGUAGUUAGGUUGACUUCAAAAGAAAACAUCUAAAGAAGACAGAGUAAAUAUAACAACAGCAACCAUCAAAUGAGUGAGGGGUAAGGAAUAGUGAGCAGGUCUGUGUUUAAUGUACCAAACAUUUUUGCCACAGUGUCAACAGGCGAAACAGGCAAACAAAACCACCUUCCUUAGGGAGUUUUCACCAGUCAGACUCAAGUGUUUAGAACAGCUGAGAAAUAAGAAAAAGACAAAAACAGCUGAAAUAUUACAGAAACUUUCCAGACGUGCUGCAAAAUAGGAGCCAACCUGGAGGCAAAAACCCACCAAACCCAAACCCAACCAAGAGUUUCCCAAAACCACCAACUAAACCGCAGAAUAAACGUUUCAAACAAGAACCUGAACAGCAGAAAUUUAUUCUAAAACGUUUAAAGACUGUUGGAAAAUCUGUUGCCUUUUACUGACGGUUUUUCUUUAAGGCUGUAUCACUCUGUGAAACACCUUUUAACCUCUGCAUAUGUUAAUAAAUGUUCAUCAAUAAUCUCUAAAGCUCUGCAUGAUCAGGUCCCUCCGUAUACAAUCGAUCCUCUUACCCGGGAUUCCCACCGCAUCUGGAACGGCAAAGAUUUUCGCCGUACGCCAAUUCCUAUCGGAUCCGUUAGUGAGGUGAAUUACGGACAGCAGGAAUCGCAAGAACUCACAAGAACCCGCAGAGUCACGUUCAAUCGUGCGAUAACAAGUUGUCUUUAGCCACAGAGGCUAACCAUAAAAGCAGUAGAUUGUGUCCUUCCAGAGGAGGAAAUCUACUUCUAGACUUCUAGAAUCAGCAUCUCCUCAUUCAUGGUGUCAUUAGGAUGAAACGCUGUCUAAAAACCUUUCUCUUGUUCGUUGCCAGAUGUUUUAUUUUGUGUCAGCUACAAUCGGCGAAUACGGCCUUUUCGUAGCUGUUCCAGAUGCGGUGGAAAUUGGGGGUUAUACUCCCUCUCAGACCAGCUGAUAGCAGCUGUACUCAGUUACCAGGCUUCCUCCUAACUCCCUCCCUCUCUUUUUCUCUCAGAACUGCUUCGAGCUCUUCAUCUCCGACCACAAAGAUCAGGUGAUCAAAGCCUGUAAGACGGAGGCAGACGGCCGCGUCGUCGAGGGAAACCACACUUACUACAGGAUCUCCGCCCCCACCGUGGAAGAGAAGGACGAGUGGAUCAACAGCAUCAAGUGAGAAACGUUUUAACUCUCACGGUAAGAAAAUGUUGCAGAUUUCACGUAAGUCUCGUUUCCUAACUCUCCUCUAUCUCCGACCUGCAGAGCCGCCAUCAGCAAAGACCCGUUCUACGAGAUGCUCGCGGCUCGGAAGAAGAAGGUGUCGACUCUGAAGGGUCUGUAGAGCUGCUGAGGAUCAAACACUGACUUUAAAUGGACCUGGAAACUCCUGGAGCUGCCGCAGAGGAGCUCUGCUUCUGUUUCUCUGCAGGUUUGACUCGAUCUGAACUCACUCCUGUAUCACUGCAGUCCUCUCUGUUCUCCUUCAAUCUGCUGUAAUGACUGUUGAACUGUGAGUCUCAGUGAUACACACCGUCACACUCACAGACUGAACACUUUCAGCCUGAUGUGGAUCAACAUGAAGGGAGCUGAGAUCCUCUACAGGAGUGUGGGCCUAAAACAUUUUAAUCAACAAAAUUAUCAGUCUUUGAUCAGUCGAGGUCUGUUCUUCUCGACUUGAAAUGAAACAUAUUCAUUCAGAUACUUGAUGAAGGAAUCGACUGGAAAACCGCAGGACUCGUCUGGUCUGAGACUCGAGGCUCAUCCUCCGAACUAAAUUCCUUUUUUCUAAACCUGUUUCUUACUGCUGUUCGUCUUUAGUCGAAGAAAUGUUACUGAAUUUAAACACGACGCUUAAAAAGCAAAAUAUUUAUUUAUCCAGAUUUCUUGUAAUUUAUUGUUUCAAGUUUUUUUGUCUCAUUAAAGGUUUGCAGAUCAAAACUCAGCUGUCGUUUGUUUUCACUAAUGCGCUCUUAUUUUGGUGAUCAAUGAACUGAGCUGCACAGUUUGUGAAACUUUGAUUCUCUCCUCCUUGUUCUUGAUCAUCUGUUCAGUUCAGGAGAUGUCAGGGACUGAAGAUUAGGAAUUGAAGUCUGAGGCGAUUAAACUGGAUAAACCUGCUCUAUUUGUGAG